UGUGCCUCUUUUUGGUGCGAAAUUUCGAAGUGGCGAAGGUGACAGUCUGUUGUUUGCAUGAGCGGAGUAAUGCACAUUGCAGUAAAAUGUCGCUCUCGUGUGUUUGUUUUAACCACGAGGAUCGAGAAGCAAAGUUCAACUGCUUUGACUGCAAGGCUGAUUUUGUUGUCAAGUAUUGCCAUGAUUGCCAUGAUAAGAUUCAUACAAUGGAGGUCUUUAGAGGACAUCGCUGCACAUCAAUUGAAAAAUUGGAUCAACGGCGGCUGUCACAGGACAUAUCUAACAUAGAGAGGCUUGUAGAGGUUGAGACAACAAUACUCAAAGAUGUUAUAACAACUUUGCGGGAAACUGAACAGCAGGAGAUGAAUGCAAUCCAUGACUUUUUGGGCCAAGCACAUAAGAGGCUAGACAAGAUCCAACAGUGCAGUAGAAAUGUGGACAAAGCAGUGUUCUAUCUUUCUAAGGUAUCAGAUGUUGUGAGUCACCUUCCAUAUGAACCUGGUUCAUGUACGGCUACAACAGACAUUCCAGACACUGCUUCUGCUAUAUCAGAUACCAGAUCAGAGUCUACUAGCCAUCAAACAGAGUGUCCAGAGAUGCAGAUCAACCUUGACUCAAUUGAUUUCAGCAUCCCAGCCCCUGGCGAUGAGAUUCCAGUUACUGUAAAAUGCUCUCUUGCAAAGAAUGGCACUUUUUGGAUGGCAAGAAAAGAAAGUUCUGAGAAAGUCUUUUUGUUGGAAAAGGCACUAAGGGAGUUCUUUGAGGUCAAUGAAACCUGUGCUGUGACUGCUGUGGAGGAGACAAUGGUGUUUGCUGCACAUGUACAAGACAGGCAGGCAGUUUGGAACUACUGGAGGGUCAAAGUUGAGAAGAAGAUCAAUCAAACUAUGGUCAAGGUUCGUUAUAUGGACCAUGGAAUGGUGCAAGAUCUGCCCUUGCAGUCUUUAGUAGAGUUGCCUGCUCAGUUCAAGGAAAUUCCUUACCAGGCAAUGGAGUGCUGUCUAUUUGCAAAUUUUCUUGAAGUGUCCCUUCCUUAUGAGGCCAAGUGGUGCUUCAGAGAUCUGACACAUGGAAAAGACCUACUGGCUAAGAUGCAAGCCAAGAUUGUUACUGCUCCUGAUAAGACCACCCAUUACGUUCAUCUGAUAUCUCAGUCCGAUAGCGCUGUCAACAUUAACAGCAUGGUGCACAAAGUUGUGGAAGAGAACAAAUUAAAAGAAGAGGAUCGCCCAAUUAGACCUAAAGAGGAAAUCGCCAAAGCACCAAUCGUUGCUGAUGUUUCCCAAAAUGACAGUACAACAAACCUGCAGACAAAAGAUGCUACACAAGGUGUUACCACCACAACGGUCGAGUCUAGAAACAAUGCGAGUGAGUCAAAUAGUACGGCAGUGCAACCUCCACCACUCAUGAACGGCCAAGUAACAAUUCUCAAGCCUGAACAAUCAAGUAAUGUACCUGUGUCUUCCUCGAUACCUGAAAAUGAGAAAACGUGCAAACCCGCAGGACCUCCUGAAUUUGUCCCAGUUGGAAUGAUGACAGAAAGGAUGCGUUCCACUGUAAUUGAUAAGUGCUCAGCCAAUAGAUCCACUCUCAAUAGCAAGAUCUACAGCGCUGCACGUUACAUGGUCAUCCGCUCAGAGCCGCGUCAACUCGUAGAAGCCAUUAAGCAAGACAAAUGGUGCGUUUUUAGUGAGUUCCAAAUAAAUACAUUGAACCAGUACUAUUAUAAACGCCCAUUGAUUUUGAUCUUCACGGACCACUCGUAUGUCGAUGGGCUGGCGGAAAUGGCUUCUGCCGCAACGUUCAAUUCACCUCGCUGCACAGUCGUCAGUCCAGGAAUGUAUUGGCACCAGCGUUGCCAUGGAGAGUUUGCCUUGAAGUGGCAUUAUGUCCGAGGUAUCCCGUUUCAUUGGUUGAAGGAUGAGCGAACCUUCCAAUAUGCCAGGUCGUACCAGGAGUUGGAUUGGAUGAAGGGUAAGGAGGUAGUUAAGAGCUUCACACGCGACCAAAGAGGACGGCACAAGUCCAUCAUGGACAGCGCUGUGACCCAGUACAUGGAGAAUGUUGAACGUCCUCGCAAAUUGAGCUGUGAUGAUUUGCCAGAUGUUAAGGGAUUCCAGAAGGAGCCAAUAAUACAUCAAGAUUGGGAUUUGAGCAACGUCAGUGUGUCAUCUGAAGGACAUCAAGUCGAGGCUUGCAAUGAUGACCUCGUCAGAGAAUCAAACGUGAGCACUGAAGUCAACCCUGCACCAGAUGCAAUAAGUGUUAGCGAAAGUAUUGGUUUGAUCUCGGCAGAGAAUGCACCUGGGAAGUUAGCCCACAAGGGACCUAGGACAGAACCAUGUGAUACACCGAAAGAAGCUCCAUAUGAAGAAGCCAUUGCAUCUGAGAAUGCCCCAAAAGAGACAACUGUGGCGCCAAUAACUGAAGACCACUCAGAGAAACCUAAGACUAGAGUUACAGAUCAGAGCAAAACCCUAGAGAAGCAAAUUACAGAGGAUGUCAGGGAAGGGCAAAGUACCGAGCUGUGUAGUGCACCACUUGAAAUAAAAGCAUUGCCUAAGGUAGAUGUGCCCUCGAUGGGCAUGGAAGUAGAUAGAAAUAUGAAAGAUGUAUUGGAUUCAUGCAUAAGUGAGAAGACAAUACAAGGUAUUCCAAGUGAAACGACAAAACCAGAAUCUCUAAGUGAGAUAGCAAUGCAAGAUACUCAAACAAAGAAGGCAGUGCAAGAUACUCAAACAAAGAAGGCAGUGCAAGAUAUACAAGCAGAGAAUAAAGUGCAAGAAAUUCAACCAGAGAAGGCAGUUACAGAUAUCAAAGCAGGGGAGGCAGUGCAAGAUAUUCAAACAGAGAAGGCAUUUCAAGAUAUUCAAACAGAGAAGGCAUUUCAAGAUAUUCAAACAGAGAAUGCAGUACAAUAUAUUCCUUUGCAAGUUGAGGCUCCUGAUAAAGGAAAAACAAACAAAGAGUCUUUCAGCUCAAACAUUGAUCAAUCUUCAGAGCUGCACUUUACAGAUGACUGGGAAUCUGACAUUGGGAAGCUAAGCCAGGCAAGUCAACAAGAUGUGAACCCCACUGAUAAUAGAGAAUCAACCUUAUCCACCAUAACCCCAACCCAAGACUAUGCUGAAGCAUUCUACCAGCCAGAUUUGACUUCUGACCAAGAAGAAAGUGGGUCCGACCCGCCCUCUCGAGAAUCGCCGGCUCAUUUCUACUACCCUUCAGUUCCAGAAGAACUUCCUGAUUUAUCAGAAGACUCUACCUCGGCUGGGUACCGACACAAACACGGAGAGUACACGACUACCUCUCAUGAAGACAUCAGGGCACCUGCUGAAGGCACAGCCCCCAAAAGCUCAUCUGCAUUUGGUGGCAGCGUCGAGGACAUUGCUGGAGAGGACUUCCUGCCUGUUGAUCCUGGCUGUUACUACUCAGUGGCUUUGAGGUGUCCCAUAAACAGCCAGAGAAUUUUCUGGGCUUCUCUCAAACGGACCAAUCAGCAAAAUGAAGAGUAUAACCAAUUUCUCUCAAAUCUUAAAAGUUACAUGGAGGCGAAAGGUGAAAGUUUGACGAACCCGUUUCUGCUGAAGAGCUGCUGUGUGCGGAGUGAUACCAAAGGGCGUGUCCGUUAUAGGAGGGGAUUGAUUGUCGAGAUUCCGUCCAAUGAUAAGUUCCUUGUACGCUUGACUGAUGAAGGGCCUAUCAAACGAUACCAUAAAAGUGUGAUUUUCGAACUUCCAGACAGGUUUACAGUGGAAUACCCACCACAGGCGUUGCAGUGUAGACUGGAUGCAAAUGCGAAGGGGGUCGAGCGGUUCAAGUCACAGUUUAGACGUGAUAAAAAAGUGACCAUUUACGUGGUAUCUAUCAGUGGAGAGAUCGUCAACGUGAAAAUACAUGACUUUCCAUCCUAAUUAUCCACGAUACACUAACGCCUUAUACUUCGACUAGAGGAAAUGCUCCACUAUCAAGCGGAAUUAUUAUUGUUUGUGUUCUUUGUUGUUAUUGUUGCAAAUUUGACCUAGACUGUGUCAAUUAAUCGUUGAAAAUAUAAAAAACUUAUCUUCAAAACCCA